CGUUUGUCAGUUCAAUCAGAUGAGGUUGAUUCUAAGAUUUCGUAAGCUGAGGUUGACUUCAACUUCUGCUUCUCACUGUCUGAAACUGAAACACUGUGAAUAUCUCAAAGUCCAAAAUGUCAAGUGCUGAAUGCUUCAAGAACCCACCAGCACUGGGCUCAACAUCUGGAGAAGGGACUCUCCUAGAACUUGGGGGACUUAAAACCUACCUCACUGGCCCAAGUGAAUCCAAGCAUGCCAUCCUUCUAGUCUCAGAUGUUUUUGGGUAUGAAAACCUAAAUUUAAGGAAACUUGCGGAUAAAGUUGCUGCAGCUGGAUUUUUUGUGGUACUUCCUGAUUUCUUUUAUGGUGAUCCUUUUAAUCUUGACAAUCCGCAAUUUGAUCGAGAGUCGUGGCUUAAAGCUCACAGCAGGGAGAAAGGAUAUGAAGAUGCCAAACUAGUGAUUGCUGCUCUGAAGAGUCAAGGCAUUUCUGCCAUAGGAGCUGCAGGCUUUUGUUGGGGAGGGAAUGUGGUGGUGAAACUAGCAAAGAUCAAUGACAUUCAAGCUGCUGUAAUUUUGCACCCUGGUCGGUUGACAGAUGAGGAAAUAGUUGAGGUUAAGGUUCCUACUGCAAUAUUGGGAGCUGAGAUUGACAAAACUUCACCCCCGGAACAAUUGAAACAUUUUGGAGAGAUUUUAUCAACUAAAUCUGAGUUUAAUAGCUUUGUGAAAAUAUUUCCUGGAGUGGCUCAUGGAUGGACAACAAGGUACAAUGCUGAGGAUGAAUCAGCAGUCAAGAGUGCUGAAGAGGCUCAUUUGGACAUGUUAAAUUGGUUUACCAAGUAUGUCAAUUGAAAAAAGUAGUUGGUACUCAACUACCAAUAAGAAUUUACAACUGAGAGAUUACAACUAUUGUAGCAUAUAUAUAGAUGAUGAGCUUUGAAGCCUCCACCACUCUUGGGCCUUGGCAAACUCUGUUACUUCAUGACAGAGUUGACAUUUGAAGAUGUGGG